AUGCAAAUGCCUACGACAAAAAAGGAAAAAACCGAGUGCACCGAGACUGCUAGCAACACCAACCUUGUUUCUACUCGAACCAGAAGCACGACAAUGCUCACUGAUGAGGAUAAGGAGAAGGAGAAGGAACUGACUCGUCAAGCCUACAGUAUCUUGAUGCGUGUAUUGGAAAGUGGCAAGCAUCCGGACUAUCAGUUACCACAGGUUAUUCCAGUUGAAGAAUGUAUUGACUUUGCUGGGAAAGUCGGAACAGUCUUCAAUAAACAGGCGACCCUGAUCGAGAUAUCUGCUCCAAUCAACAUCUGCGGUGACAUUCAUGGACAAUUCUGUGAUCUUCUGCGUCUCUUCGACAAAAAUGGAUUUCCUCAUCGUGCCAAUUAUCUGUUCCUCGGAGACUAUGUGGAUCGUGGAAGAUAUUGUCUGGAGACUAUUCUACUGCUCUUCGCUUACAAAGCAAUUUUCCCAAAUCACUUUUUCUUAUUGAGAGGGAAUCACGAAUGUCCGAAUAUCAACAAAAUAUACGGAUUCUAUGACGAGAUUCAACGUCGUUACAAUAAUUUGGCGGUUUGGGAGGCAUUUCAGUCAGCAUUCACGCAUAUGCCGCUCGCUGCACUUGUCGGUGGAAAGAUCCUUUGCAUGCAUGGAGGAAUAUCUGAAAAGCUAACCUCUCUCCAAGAUAUCCGAAACAUCAUUCGUCCCAUCUACAAUCCAGACGUGGAUAGUCUCGCCAUCGACAUCCUUUGGAGUGAUCCAACCAAUUUUUCAAACUAUUGGAGUCCAAAUACUCGUGGCGUUUCUGUCACUUUCGGAAAGUGUGCUCUCUGGAAAGCUCUCAAAACUCUUGAUAUCGAUAUGGUCGUCCGUGCUCAUCAAGUUGUUCAAGAUGGCUACGAGUUUUUCGGUAACAAGCGUCUUGUGACCAUAUUCUCUGCUCCAUUUUAUUGUGGACAAUUUGACAAUGCGGCUGCCGUAUUGAAUGUAGCUCCUAAUCUGAUUUGCUCGUUUGUGGUUCUCCGUCCAAAGAAGAAAAUUGCUAGACGUCGACUUAUGCCAGCAAAAUAA